CCUGCUUUUGUUGACAAAUGUUUUAUUUAUCAGGCUCUGAGGUCUGACAGUGAUUAAGAUAUAUUUAGUUGAAUUAGUAGGGUUGGAAAGGUGGUAUUUUUUUAAACGAAAAUGACGGAACAGUCCGCCUUGCUGCUACGUAAAAAAUUAGCAGAGUUGAACAAGAACCCAGUGGAAGGCUUCUCUGCAGGCCUUGUGGAUGAUAAUGACAUCUUUCAGUGGGAAGUGGUCGUCAUUGGACCCCAAGACACACUGUUUGAAGGAGGGUUCUUCAAAGCCACUUUAGCCUUUCCCCGGGAUUAUCCUUUAAGUUCUCCAAAAAUGAAGUUCAUCACGGAAAUCUGGCAUCCAAAUGUUGCGAAGAACGGUGAUGUAUGCAUAUCCAUACUGCAUGAACCCGGAGAGGACAAGUACGGCUAUGAGAAGCCAGAGGAGCGCUGGCUGCCAAUCCAUACUGUGGAGACUAUAAUGAUCAGCGUAAUCUCCAUGUUGGCGGAUCCUAGCGGGGACUCCCCAGCCAACGUUGACGCAGCGAAAGAAUGGCGUGACGAUCCUAAGGGCGUUUUUAAGAAAAAGGUUGCACGUUGUGUGCGUAAAAGUCAAGAGAUGGCUUUUGACUGAUUUAUUUGUUUCAUCCAAGCCACCAGCAAUCUCGGGGAUUGAACAACAAGCUUAGCCAUUAAGGUAGAACAGUCCACUAAGACAUGUUUCCAGAUUUCAUAAUUUUCUGUACAGUACAUUCUUAAGUAUAUCAUCCCUCUCCUUUUUCUAGCCUUUUGUUUUCUUUAUAUAAAC